AUGAUCCUCUUUUCGCACGUCCCCCUGCGACUCUCUACGACAAGCUGGCGAUCACCUCCGUCACCGAUCCCAACCGAUCCGCUCCUUGCUCUGUCCUCUGGUUUCCCGCGGCAAAUAAGCACGCGCCCAGCAGCUGUUGCAGGUCGACCGAGCGCCGGCAAUUCCGCCGCGUCUUCAGGGAACGCACGAAAAGGUGCUACUAGCGACCGCGACAGUCAGACUCCCCGUGUUAAACCCUCCGCCCGCCUUCGGCCGCAAGCCGUUACUUCCGCUUCCGCCGACUCUCAAGCUACCCCCAAUGCCAAGCCCGCGACCCGCCGGCGAACGCGCACGGCUGCUGCUGGCGCUGCUUCCGGCGCGCCUGUAGCGGAUGCGCCAGUAACGGGUAGCAGUGCUGUUACCGCGGAGGGCGCGACUGUAACGGGCCCAGCAGUACCCGAGGGGGAAGCACCCGGGGGGGCGCAGGCGGAAGGGGAAGGGGCAGAGGCGCAAGGAGCGCGGGGUAGCGGGGCGAUCCACGUGAUCACGGGGCCGAUGUUCGCGGGGAAGACGACGGCGCUGCUGGCGCGCAUGCACGAAGAGAUGGGGCGCGGCAGGCGUUUGGUGGUGGUGAAGUCAAAGGCCGACACGCGGUACGCGCGGGACGCGGUGGUGUCGCACGACGGCGCCGCCAUGCCGUGCCUUGCUGUGCGCUCCCUGCUGGAAGUGCUUUCAGUGGGGGGUGCACAUCGAGAAGCCUACGAGCAGGCAUCGGUGAUAGGGGUGGACGAGGCGCAGUUCAUUCACGGGCUGGUGGAGUUCUCCUUGCGGGCGGCAGACCAUGACGGCAAGACACUGUUCAUCGCAGGGCUGGACGGCGACUUUCGGAG